CCACCUAUUCCGUUUCUCUGUCAGCGUCUAAUCGGAUCGAAGGACGAUCGAUGGACGAAAGCGUGGCGCGACUACAUGAAAGGACACACCAGGACCAAAUGGCGCAUCAUUAAGCGCCUCUUUCUAUUCUUUACCACCCUCUCAGUUAUUCCACUCACCGUACUCUACCUAAUCACCUCCGAUCAUCUCUACCGAUUUCGCCAGUAUACGUAUGGAGCUAUCGCCGGCAAUGGCUCAUCACGCCAACAGUUGCUACAGUUCCGUGCGCCCAUUCAUCCACCGGACGGAGCAAUUCACCAUCUCCGGCUGGUGCAGCAUCGGCAGCACGCACACGACCGGCAGAAUCAUGACCACUACCAGCGAACCGUUAAGAAUAGCACCAUCAACAGCCAGUACCGGCUGGACAUGGACUACAUGAAGCAGCGCAUGGAGCAUCGUGUCGAGCGGUUGCAGAAAAAGUGUGCCGAGUACCGAUUGAACGAGUCCAAGCACAACUAUAAACCGAAGGCGUGGGAAUAUCUGAUCCAGCACGAGUACCAUCUCGUCUGGUGCAACGUGUUUAAGGCGGCAUCCACCUCAUGGAUGUACAACUUUAAUCUGAUGGCAGGCUAUUCACCACAGUUUCUCCGAAAGACGAAGGAUGUCCCGUUGCAGCUGGCCCGGCAAAAGUAUCCUAGACCGUCGGUCGAAAAGCUAAAGGAAGCUAUCAACGAAUCGAUAUCAUUCAUUAUCGUGCGACAUCCGUUCGAAAGACUGGUCAGUGCGUACAAGGACAAGAUCCAGUAUGCCCUACCCAACUCGCAUCACCACAAGCUGGGCAAUCGCAUCAUACAGAAGUACAGGAAAACGGUCAACGGGAAGCCCGCAACACUGCUAAAGUAUCCAACGUUUUCCGAGUUUGUCAAUUACCUGCUGGAUGAGAUCAAACAUCCACACUUCGAGAUCGAUAUGCACUGGGUGCCGGUGACGCACUUCUGCACGCCCUGCUUCUUCCAUUACGAUGUGAUAGCCAAGUUCGAGACGCUCGAGGAGGACCAGAACUAUCUCAUCUCGAUCGGCCACCUGGACAGCGUCAUCAAGCCGCAGUGGAAAAAUGCCGGCAAGGGUGCGCACACGAACGAUAUGCUGAUGAAGUUCUUCUCGGAGCUGGACGCCGCCCAGAUCCGGGGACUGUACGAUUACUAUCGGUUCGAUUUCGAACUGUUCGGUUACAGUGCCAAGGAGUACUAUAAGGAUUAA